AUGGUAAACACUACAUUGUGCAUUAUACUAUCAAGAGCAAAGCCAGCCUCUUCCGAGGGAAUAAAACGAUCCGCGACAGAGAAGAAGAUCCCCAAACUAGAGGAGUUUUUGGAGAAACGUGAUUACACAGGGGCUCUGACGCUCCUAGAGUUCAACAGCAGCUCUGAGAAUAGUUUGAACUCCGAGUUAUGGAUGGGUUAUUGUGCCUUUCACCUGGGGGACUACAAACGUGCGGCUACGAUCUACGAGAAUUUACGAAAAAAGGAUCAAACGCUCGUGGAGUUGCCGUCGAACUUAGCAUGCUGUUAUUUCUAUCUUGGAAUGUAUCCUGAAUCACAAAAGGUUCUGGAGGAAGCUCCGGACAGUAAAUUGAAGAACAGACUCAUGUUUCACUUGGCACACAAAAUGGGCAACGAAUCGAAAUUAACGGAGUACCAUCAUAUGCUGCAGGAUGUCAUAGAAGAUCAACUUAGCCUGGCAUCUAUUCAUUAUCUUAGAGCUCACUAUCAAGAAGCUAUUGAUGUAUAUAAAAAGAUUUUGCUGGAAAACAGAGAGUAUUUCGCAUUGAACGUAUACGUUGCAUUGUGUUAUUACAAAUUGGACUACUAUGACGUGGCCCAAGAAGUCCUCCAAGUUUAUCUACAAAAGUAUCCCGAUAGCGCGAUCGCGAUCAAUCUGAAAGCAUGCAAUCGUUUUCGUCUGUACAAUGGCAGCGCCGCACAGAACGAAAUGAAACAGCUGAUAGAAAAAAUGUCCAGUUCCUUCAGCUUUGGCCACGAUCUCAUACACCACAAUACUGUUGUAUUCAAAGGUGGCGAGGGCGCGUUACAAAUUUUGCCGAAUUUAGUGGACGUUAUACCAGAGGCUCGACUGAAUUUAGUGAUUUACUAUUUGAAACAGGACGACGUUCAAGAGGCGUUCAAAUUGAUCAAAGAUCUCGAACCAUCUGUUCCGCAGGAAUACAUUCUGAAAGGGAUCGUUAACGCGGUGAUGGGUCAAGAAACUAAUUCUCGUGAUAAUAUAAAAACAGCCCAGCAAUAUUUCCAAUUGAUCGGUUCCUCCGCGUCUGAAUGCGACACCAUACCUGGCAGACAAUGUAUGGCAUCCUGUUUUUUUCUCUAUCGUCAAUUCGAGGAAGUUCUGGUGUACCUGAACUCGAUCAAAACUUACUUUUCCAACGAGGACAACUUUAACUUUAAUUAUGCUCAAGCGCAAGCUGCCGCGGGUUAUUUCAAGGAGGCGGAGGAAGCUUUCUUGAUCAUACGGAAUGAAAAAUACAAGAACGAUUACAUCUACAUCAGCCUUCUGGCGCACUGUUAUAUAAUGAACAAGAAACCUCAGCUGGCUUGGGACUUGUAUCUAAAAAUGGACACGACCACAGAGUCGUUCAACUUGCUGCAAUUAAUCGCGAACGAUUGCUACAAAGUAGGCGAGUUUUGGUACGCAGCGAAGGCCUUUGAUAUGUUGGAACGUAUGGAUUCUAGCCCAGAGAAUUGGGAAGGGAAACGCGGUGCUUGCUGCGGUACAUUUCAAUACAUUGUAGCUGGAAAACAACCCAAAGAACUUUUGUCGGACGUUAUACAGCUUCUUAAGAACACGUCGAACUCGCAAGUGGAGCAGAUCAUCCGAGUGAUGCGUAAAUGGGGCAAAGACAACCGGAUUAAUUGCUAAUGACACCAAUCAAAUGUAUAUAGACACGAUAUCAUC